AUGGCAGUUGAAAUGCCUGAAAGUCAAUUCCGACUGACAGUGUGGAGAGAAUGGGUGUUCCUAUGGUAUGGCCCAUGGUAUGGUGAAGAGAGAUCUGGGGAAUGUCCCCGGAGCCUUCUGCUACAAUCUCUGGCUUCAGAAGCAGUGCUGGCCCCGCGCCCCAAGGCCAGCAGGCAUGUGCACCUGAGAGCGCAUGCGCUGACCCAGUCCGGGUACGUGGUGAAUGUCAUCCGGAAGCUGCGGGUGGGGUGCACCUGCCCUCCAGAAGGCCUCUGCAGACUGAGAACUGACAUCUCCAUCUGUGCCACGGGACCACUGUGCUUCUCCGAGGACAUGGACUUGCUUCCUGAGACUGACCACACGGGACCCAUAUCUGCUCAGACCCAUGGCCCAAUUUCUCGUUACCUUACCCGUCUAAGCAGCCCCAUUGGCCUUCCUGGUACUCCCAGCACUCAUGGCCUCUCAGCAUCCCUGCCUGGCCCCCCACAGCCCUGUCUCCACAUGCAGUGUCAACCUGCAGUCUUUCCCACGCCGGGUCAUGCUGAUGCCAUGGACGCUGUCAUCCAUCGUUUCCCAGAAACUAACAUCCGGGUACCUCAGCAUCUGGGAUUCCGUGUGCAAAUGGCUUCUCAAGUGGAUCAAUGUCUGGAGGUGGAUUUUGGUGACAAUUUUGGGAUUCAAAUGAAGAUCCAAAACAUGUCUGCGGAAAUGACCAUUACCACCUCCCACCAGUAUAGGAAAGUUCUUCUAGAAGGAGUUUAUAUGCUCAAGGCAGUUGUUUAUAAUAAGCGGUAUGAAACUGAAGUGAAGCUUGGACCUUAUUAUGUGGAAGUCAGCCAUGCGGCCAUGUCUGUCUACAUGAAUUCCAGCAGUGUCCACGUGGAUGAAGUUCUUGCUUUUGCUGUUUCCCCCUCAGAUAAGAAAAGUACUGUUGUGAUGCAUCAUUUCCCAUCCAUUUCCUCCUAUAAUGUGUCCUUUACAUCUCAAAGCCUAGUGGGUGACCGUCAGACUUGGUCCAGCGUGACUGUUUGGUAUCAGAUGCAACCUGUCUUUGUCUCCACACGUGGAACUGUGUUUGCUGCAGACACUGACAUCACUUUCACAGCUGUCACCAAGGAAACAACUCGCUUGGAGUUCUUGUGGUACUUUGGAGAUGGUCCACCAGUGAAGACAACUACCAGCUAUGUCAAGAAAAGAUUCAGCAUCCCCAAGUGGUAUCUUGUGAUGGUCAGGGCCUCCAACAGAGUAAGCAGUGUGGUUUCGGAGCCCUGUCACAUCAGAGUACAGAAGAGAAUCGUCGCCAACCGACUGGUAUCCACCUCGUCAGCGCUGGUGAAUGCCAGUGUGACCUUUGAGUGUAGAAUCAACUUUGGCACUGACGUGGCUUAUCUGUGGAACUUUGGCGAUGGUGCUGUCAGCCGGGGGAGCAGCUCCGCCAGUCACAGCUACAGCAGGGAAGGAGAGUUCACCGUGGAGGUCAUUGCUUUCAACAAUGUCAGCACUGCAUCCCUCAGAACGCACCUUUUUAUCGUGCAAGAGUCCUGCCAGCCACCUCCUGUCAAAAAUAUGGGACCCAAAAUAGUCCAGGUGUGGAGACAUCAGCCUGUAAAACUAGCAGUGACAUUUGAGGCUGCUAUCCUCUGUGAUAUUUCCCGUGGCCUUUCCUACACCUGGAGCUUCAAGAACUCUGCAGGGAGGCUGGUACCCUUGCCUCCUGCUGUCAGUACACACAGGCAGACCAUCAUUGUACCCAGCUACUUUCUGGAACCUGGGAACUACACUGCACUGGCUAAGGUCCAGGUGAAAGGCAGCAUCGUGUACAGCAACUACUGUGUGGGAGUGGAGGUGCGUUCCCGGGCCCCUGUCAGCAUGAUUUCUGAGGGCACCCACCUGUUUGUCUCCAGAGCCAGUUCAUCCAAAAUUGUCCUCACGGGGUCACAGUCUUAUGACCCAGACAUCCCUGGAGCUGUUCUCAGGUAUCACUGGAAAUGCACGGUGGCCAGCAUGCUCAGGCACUCCUGCUUUGCACCCUCCACUCCAAGUUGCCUAGACACAAGUGCUCCCACCCUGGUCUUUGCAGCGAACUCUCUCAGUGACAGCUAUGACCAGUUUCUGGUGACACUGACAGUGUCCAGCCAUGACCGAAACUCCUCGGAGGCACAGGUGUUCUUGUCUACCCGCUCGGACCCAAUGUUCAGAUUCAUCCACAUCUCCUGGGUCAACUUUAAGGACAUCUUUGUUAACUGGAAUGAAGAAAUUUCUUUCCAAGCUAACUGUGAAGACUGUGAUGGAAUGUUGAAUCUCUUUUACUCCUGGGACCUCUUUUUAGUCAACGCAACAGAAAAGAAUAGCCUAGAAGUUCCAUUUUGUAGAACCGUGGGACUUCUGGGCUUCUCAGGACUUGGCUCUUUUUCCAAGUUGUCAGAGACACACCUGCUAUUCAAGGAGCCAAACAAGGCAGGUGUCACAGCACUGCCCCCCGGGGAGCUGUUGCCAAAGACACCAGACCAGCCUACCUUUUCAGCUUCAGGGAGCACCCCAGAGAUCGUAGGUGAUUUUGAAGCCUAUUACAGUGAUAUCCAGGAAGCCAUGCCCUCCACAGGAAGACACCCAGGGACCCACCUUGCAGGAUCAGAGCCAAGCAUGAGUGCUGAUGGGGGGCAUGGUGACGGGGAUAACCUUGUGGGCCCCUACCUCCCCACUGUUAGUGCCAGGCCUACGCUGCUGGUCGACUGGCCCAAGUCCCUGCUGGAUCGAGCUGUUUUCCGUGGCUAUUCCACCUCUGGUGUAACGGAGCACGCUGUGACAAUACAGCCACACUCGCUGAGCCCUGGAGAGACGUACGUCCUACAAGCUUCUGUGGCUUCAAAGCACAACUUACUCGGGAAAGCUCAGCUAUACUUGACCGUCAACCAAGCGCCCAGGGAUGUGUCCUGCCAGCUGCAGCCCCCUCAUGGCCUAGAAGCACAUACCAUUUUCAGCAUCUUCUGCAUGUCUGGGAGACCGGACUUUCUUUAUGAGUUUAGUUAUGGGACAGGAAAUACCUCCAAACACACCUUGUACUACGGCAGAGAUACCCAAUAUUACUUUGCACUGCCAGCUGGUGAGCCCGUGGACAACUAUAAAGUCACGGUCUCCAUUCAAAUCACAGACGGCCGAGGCUCCCAGGGGCAGCCCUGCACCGUGGAGGUCACCGUCCUGCCGCGUUUCCAUGGCAACCGCUGCCCAGAUGAGGACGUAUAUAAUUCCAGCCUGAGAAAUCUAUCUACCCUCCAGAUGAUGGGAAGUUAUACAGAAAUCAGGAACUAUAUCAUGAUGAUCACAAAGAUUCUGAGCCGUUGGGCUAAGAAGAACAGAAAUCCAUCCUGUGGUCAAUGGUCACAAAUACAAGAUGCAUUUAUUUCUUCAGUAUGCAGAUUAACUCUAGUAGACCAGGAAGAAAUGAUUGAUUCUAUUCUUAUAUUGAAGGAACUCCUCCAUUUCCCUAAUAAGUUAAGCAUUCGGAGUGCAGUCCUCAUCCUCAAAUACUCCCAAAUGCUGCUAGAGAGAAGCCAGCCUUCAGGAAGUUUUGUGGUAGAUAAAAGGUGGGUGAGUGAGCUCGUCCUCCUCCUAACUGAGAUACUAGAAGUCUCUGACCAAGAGAAAUCAAGGAACGCAGACUUCCUGCAGGCAGAAGGAACUACAGUCAUCUUGAACUUACUGGUAGGCUACCUCUGUUUCAAAAAGGAGCCUGAACUCCACGUCAGCACCAGGCUGAUGGAAGUCCAUGCACAACUUCAUUGUGACCUUCAGAGCUGUGUGCAGAGCGUGGGUUCCGUCCAAGUGCAUUUACCUGCAGACGUGGCCCGGCAGACUGCUGCUGGGACAGAAACGCCGAGCCCAUGCUAUGCCAGCCAGCUCAGGCUCUUCAAGAGGAGUCUGUCUCCAGGGAGAGCAGCACCUGGUCAGCUUGGCCCUGUGGUGGCCCUCUCCUUGCACAGCUGCUCCAGCAGGAAGCCCAUCAGCAACCGGCGGCUGAGGGCGCCCGUGAUGGUGGAGUUCGGGGAGGAAGACAGCCUGGACUCUGAGAGAAAGAAAAACACAUUUGUGUUGCUUCGGGAUAAAGUGAAUUUUCAUCAGUUCACUGGGCAUUCUGAAAAUCCCCUGGAAUCUCUACAGAUAAUGAUAGAAUUUUCUAAGCCUAUUGCCAAAGCUUUCCCAGUCUUGUUGUUGGUAAGAUUCUCUGAAAAGCCUACCCCUUCUAACUGUCUUGUGAAACAGACCUACUUUUGGGAUGAGAGCACUGUACAUAUUUAUCUACCUGCUGUUUCACAGAAAGAUACCAACUUGGGAUAUUUAUCCUUACUUGAUGCUGACUAUGACAGAAAACCUCCAAACAAAUAUUUUACUAAAUCAGUGAACUAUACAGUACAUUUCCAGUGGAUCCAAUGCCUGUUUUGGGAUAUGAAGGAGUGGAAAUCUGGGAGGUUCUCUCCACAACCAGGAACUUUUCCAGGAAAAGUGAACUGCAGCUAUGAUCACCUGGCCACAUUUGCUGUUUUAAGGAGAAAGCUGAACGCCAGCUUUGAAAUGAGCGACGUUUCCAAGUUCCAGAGGCACCCAGAAAAUCUGCUUCCUGGCAUUUUUGUGGUGGUUCUUGUAAUUCUUUAUGCAUUUUUGGUGACUAAAAGCAGAUGUGUAGAUGAUCGAGAAAAAAAGAAAAUUGGUUACAUUUUUCUGCAAGGGAACACUCCACCCAGCCACCAGCUGUAUGCAGUGGUCGUUGACACAGGCUUCCGGGCUCCCUCCCGCUUUAGUGCAAAGGUUUACAUUGUUUUCUGUGGAGAAAAUGGACUUUCCGAACCCAAAGAACUCUGUUGUCCAGAGAAGCCCCUGUUUGAAAGCAAUUCCAGACACACCUUUAUCCUGAGUGCACCGGCAAGGCUGGGCCCUCUCCAGAAGAUCCGGCUCUGGCAUGACAGCCGUGGGCCUUCUCCUGCCUGGUACGUCAGCCACGUGAUGGUGAAGGAGCUGUGCUCACAAGCGGGACAGAGCUGGUUCUUCCCUGCCGAGUGCUGGCUCGCAGCUAGCAGGGGAUGGUCACGGGAACUCACCUGCCUGUGCAGGGGCCCAGGCUUCCGGAAGCUUUUGUAUUCAAAGUUCACAGAAUACCUGGAGGACUUCCACACCUGGGUUUCCGUGUACAGUCGUCCCUCCUCCAGCGGCUUCCUGCACACACCGCGCCUCACUGUGGCCCUCACCUUGCUUUGCUCAUAUGCCUGUCUCGCUGCUCUAGUCACGGCUGUGGGACAAGACCAGCUCCUGAGGGGUGUGGACCCCACCCAUAUCACUCUCGGAUCCUUCCAGAUGAGUUUUCUGUGCACCCUCCUGGCUUCUCCAGGGGCCCAGCUCUUGUCAUUGCUCUUCAGGCUCAGCAAGGAAACAACCAAGCCUUCCCGAGCUCGGCCACCCGUACCCUUGAGAGAAGUGCAGACAGAGGUAGCUGUGGACCCUAACUCCCAGAGAAGGAUGCCAGGUGCACAGAAGACACAUGAGCAAGACCCAUUAGCCAUUCUUUCUGAGAGGACCAGGGCCUGGAGGAGGGUGACCAGUGGUGAUGAAGAAGGUUGUCUGCCCCCCGAGUUGGAGGUCUGUGAGGCUGACCUUCGCCGGCAGACCCUGAGGGAAAAGAGUGAUCGUGACAUUCCUGGUUCAUGCCGUGGCAUUGGUGCCCCUGGUGGUGACUUUGAAGGACACGCCGUGCACUGGUGGCCGAAGGCACCUCUGCCUUGGUCAGGCUCCGCUGCCUGGGCCAUUUGUGGGACAGUGACAGUUGUCUGUGGCCUGGGGACAGGCUUUCUCGGAUACAGGUUUGACUCAGCACAGUGUGUCCAGUGGCUGUACCUGCUGAUCGUCUCCGUGGUCUGCUGUGUUCUACUCACCCAGCCGCUCAUGAUAGGUAUCGUGGCUUUGGGCUUUGCUUGGAAAAGGAAAAAUGACAAGCACUUUUUCACUGCAUCUUUGCAUGCUGCUACCAAGGAUCUAGACACUGAACUCGAAGGACCCCGUGGGACCUUCAGCACUCUGUCUUCGAGCUGUAGAGUUCCCAACUGGGCCAGCGAGAUUGAAAACGUCUUGGAUGCCCGACACCAAGCACGUCGCCUGCGUUGGGCAUGUCCACCUUCCACAGCCCAGCUCAAAGUCAUCAAGGCGAGGAUGAGAAGAAAGAUGAGAACACGAGUAAUACUAAGAGACAUCCCUAUGCACAUCUUCAUGCUGCUGCUGCUUUUGUUUAUAGUGUAUGGAAAAUUCUCUCAGGAUGAAUAUUCUCUCAAUCAAGCUAUCAGGAAUGAAUUUGCAUGCUCCUCGGGCGAGCUGAGAAGCGUGGAUGACUGGUGGCGCUGGAGUCUGGGCACGCUGCUGGACGGCCUGUACCGGGAAAUCUCUGCGGCCAGCGCUGCGCAUGCGCAGGUGGGCUUUCCGGCUCCUCAGGCUGGUGUCACCAUGCAAAAGCUGCAUGGGCUGAAACCUGCAGCCCUAGGAGGAAAGUGCUACCAACUCGGCCCUUUGGUCAUUAAACAGCUAAAAGUUCUUCCUGGUAGCUCAUGUGAGCUUCCCAAUCCAUUUUCAGCAUUUACUGAGGACUCGCUUCCUACAUUUAGAGGCUCUGAAACCUCUUCCUCCAUGGACGCAGAGAUCCAGAGAGUGGCCUCAAGCAGCUGCAGGGAGACCUGUGAGCUCAGCUUGGGCAGCACAAGACCCACAGUGCGCGAGGCCCUGACAAAACUCAGGGCUAGCAGAUGGAUGGAUCACAGCACCAGGGCGGUGUCACUGCACUUCUCCCUCUAUAAUCCUCCUACCCGGCUCUUCUCAAGUGUGUCCCUGAGUGCAGAAGUGCUCCCCACAGGGGGGCUCACCCUGUCAUCCAUGGUGGAGUCCUUCAUGGUCUUCUACAGUGACUCGGCCCAAUGGUACCACCUCCUGCUCCCUGAGCUGAUCUUGCUUGUGCUCUGCCUGAUUCACUUCACUUUCCAAUUCUACAUCAUAACUGAGAAGGGCUUCCUCAGAUAUUGGCGAAAACCAAGGAACUGGCUGGAGGUCUCCAUAGUUGGGGUCAGCCUCGCCUACUACUUAGCCUGGAGCCACCUGGUUAAUCUUGCAGGGGAAGUGAAGGACCAGAUCCAGAAAGGAGUUUUUCAAGGGUUUAUGGACCUUAGUCAUAUAGCAUCAUGGAAUCAGAAGGUGAGAUGGCUCCAGGGAAUCCUCUCAUUCUUCUUGAUAUUGAAAUGCACUUGUCUUCUCGGCAUUCAAUGCACAUUGACUCCCUGCUCCUUCAUGAGACGCUGCUCGUUCUCCAGCAUCUUCACACCAGUGCUGGUGGGCGUCCUGAUGUUAGCUUCCCUCUCACACCUACAUGGAUUUCUGCUCUUCACCUGGAUCCUGCCAUCUGGAAGCUUCUCAGACUCCUUCCACGGCCUGCUGUUUCCUUUUCCAGGAAGAAGUCAAAGUGAUACCUUCCAUGGCCUUUCCCAAUCUAGCCAGCAAACCAUGGCUUGGUGCUACUGGGUCAUUUUUAUAGUACUGACCACUUUGUGGUUUGGAAUGCUGAGGGGUUCCCUCAUGAUUUUUGCCCAAAAAAGAAAAACUUUUCAAAGAAAUUUUCUUGUGAGCCUCAAAGAUGUGACUACCUACAUGUGGAGGAAGGCGCUCAUCCUUCUGGGAUUAAGAAGGCCUGAGGUGGAAGAGGCUGAGGUGACUGAAAAUCAUAGUUAUUAUCUGGAUGAAUUUGCAGAUCUACUAGAUGAACUUCUGUUGAAGAUUAAUGGCUUGUCUGACAGCCUACAACUCCCUCUUCUAGAACAACAAUCUUAUGAUACAUUGAAGUCCAGGGAAGAAGAUAAUCCCUUGGUGGGUGUUUCUGUUACCAGAAUAAGCAAGUGA